AACAGCUUCAUUCUCCUAACUACUCCAACAUGGGUAUAAACACGAAUACACACACUCUUAUAUAUAUAAUAAAAAUUCAUUUUUUACAGAGCAAGCCCAACUCCAAUUCCCCAGUCUCUCUCAUUCUCUCCAGAAUCAACAAUAUCAAUAUGCUUCUUCAGUUACUACUCUUUCUUCACUCUCUCCAUCUGGGUCACUGUCUCAACCAAGAAGGACUCCUUCUCCACCGAAUCAAACUCACUUUCGACGACCCAGACAACAUCUUCUCCAACUGGAAAACCAGAGACGCCAAUCCCUGCAACUGGUUCGGAAUCUCCUGCGACUCACUCACUCACUCAGUCACCUCCAUCGACCUCUCCUCCGGCAACAUUGCCGGACCUUUUCCCUCCGACCUCUGCCGACUCCGAAACCUCAAUUCCAUCUAUCUCUUCAACAAUUCAAUCAACUCAACCUUACCCAAAAACAUCUCGGAUUGUCGGAGACUCAAACACCUCAAUCUCGCCCAAAACUUGCUCACCGGUACACUACCCAGUUCCCUAUCCGAUCUCCCCCACCUCAAGCACCUCGAUUUAUCCGGAAACAACUUUUCCGGGGAGAUUCCAGCGAGUUUUGGGAAGUUCCGGCGACUCGAAUCCAUCUCUCUCGUCGAAAACCUGUUUUCCGGCGAAAUUCCGGCCGUUCUCGGGAACAUUUCGGGCCUUAAACAGCUUAACCUUUCGUACAACCCGUUUUCGCCGGGUCGGAUCCCGCCGGAGCUGGGUAAUUUGACGGAGCUUGAAAUCUUAUGGGUUACUGACUGUAACUUGGUGGGUUCGAUUCCGGACUCGCUGGGUCGACUCAAGAAACUAGUUGACUUGGACUUGGCUUUGAACAAUUUGAAUGGUGUAAUUCCGAGUUCGCUCACUGAGUUGGUUAGUGUUAAGCAAAUAGAGCUGUAUAAUAACUCGUUAACCGGCGAGUUACCGGCGAUUGGGUGGUCGAACAUGACUGCAUUGCGAUUUUUCGAUGCGUCGAUGAAUGAGUUGAAUGGGACGAUUCCAGACGAGCUGUGUGAGUUGCCACUGGAAUCGCUCAACCUCUAUGAGAAUCAAUUCGAAGGUGAAUUACCUGAGAGUAUAGUGAAAUCGCCGAAUUUGUAUGAAUUAAAGUUGUUUCGGAACCGACUCACGGGAGAGUUACCGAGAGAUUUGGGAAAAAACUCGCCGGUGUUGUGGGUUGAUGUAUCGAACAAUCAAUUUUCCGGCGAAAUUCCGGCGAGUUUGUGUGAAAAAGGUGUUUUAGAAGAGCUUUUAAUGAUACACAACUCGUUUUCCGGCGAAAUUCCAGCGAGUUUGAGCGAAUGCCGGAGCUUGACACGUGUACGAUUGGGAAACAACAAAUUUUCCGGCGAAGUUCCGGCGAGAUUUUGGGGGCUUCCAAAUGUCUACUUGCUCGAGCUCGCCGACAAUUCAUUUUCUGGCAAUAUUUCGAAGAAUAUUGCCGGAGCGUCGAAUUUGUCGGCUUUGAUAAUAUCCGGAAACAAAUUUUCCGGCAACAUUCCGGAGGAGAUUGGGUGGUUGGAGAAUUUGGUGGAAUUCACCGGAAAUGAUAACCGGUUCACCGGGUCAUUGCCGGAGAGUAUAGUAAAUCUUAGGCAGCUAGGGAGGCUUGAUCUUCACAACAAUGGCUUGUCUGGUGAACUACCAAUUGGAAUCCAAUCUUGGAAGAAGCUCAAUGAGCUGAAUUUAGCUGAUAAUGAAAUUUCCGGGAAAAUAAUUUAUUAA